CUUCCUGUAUUUUGCGCGAGAUGGAAAGGCUGGACGUACGAUGACAACAUGUUGAUUCAAUGGUGAACAAAAUGAUCGCUAACGGAGAGUGGAUUUACUUGCUGAUGAACUGACGACAGCCUGUUAACAUGGCUGAGGCAAGACAAGGGUCGGACACGCUCCCCCAAAGGGGAAAGGUAGAACAAGUGUGCCGCCAGUGGCUGGUCCAUGAAGAUGGCGUGACGGCGUACCAGAUGCAGAACGAGGAGUUUGACUUCCACUAUGGGUUGAAUCGGAAGAACCGGCGAACGGUGAGAGAAGACAUUCCAGUGGCGAAGGUUGUGCAGAGUGAGGAGGAGAAGCAGAUGCAGGAAAACCGCUACCAGCAGCUGCAGGCUCUCAAUGCUCAAGCGGAGGAGGAUGAGAAGGUGGCACAGCGGAUGAAGGUGCAGCUGGAGGUGGAGGACCUUCAGAGACAGAAGAUGCGUGAAGUGGAGGACCAGGAAAUCGCAAGACAGAUUCAGGAGAGAGAGAAGAAGAAAUACGAGAAGUAUUUGGAGAAGAAGAAGGAGAAGCAGCUCCAGAAGCAGCGGGAGAAGCUGGAGCGGCAGCUGGCGCAGCAUACGGAGGAGGCGCGGCUCGUCAUCGCUGCCGAUGGGGGGAGCUUGCGCCAACUCGGCUCAGCUGUUGAAGACAUGAAUCUCGGCGGUGGUCAAAGGGGGACAACUGCUAAUGGACAUUCUAGGUAUAAACGAAGGGUAACGCCUGCAGGUCGUAUUGAGGAUGAUGGUGACUUCAGCGACUUCUACACAGUGCCCAGUGAUAGGACAGUCAACCCUGCAGAACAUCGAGCAAUACAAGAACUCCAAGAUGAGGAACUUGCACGGCUACUCCAGGACCAAGAACACAAGCGGACGAAAGCAGAGGUUGACCGGGGCAAGUUGCGGGAGAUCGAGGUGCAGGACGAGCAGCUGGCCAGGGUCAUCCAGGAACAGGAGAAACUCAAGGCCAGGAAGGUCAAACAGCGGCGGCAGCAACUACGGGAACAGCAGCGACAGCAGCAGAUGGCUCAGGAAGCAAUGGCGUCGGGAAUGAACAUGACUGCUGCAGUAGAAUCUAUCACCCCGGAGGCGAACGGCGAGUCCCCGCCCGGGCACCGGUACCGCCGCGACAGCUACACACGCUCCAUCUCAAACAGCAACACACCAGCACAGGAAUCACAAUCUGUCCAUCACCAAGCCGUCGCCAGGCAGACGUCUGCUCCCCCCAAUCUCCCCCCGCGGGAACCCCCCUCCUACCAGACCCAUCAGCGUAUCCAGGAGGAGCGGGGUGCGGGAGUCAGGUACCCCCCAGCGGGGGACAUGCCGGUGGAUCAAGCGCGAGACAUGCAGCGAUGGCUGGACGGGAUGUCUCCGCACCAUGUGCCUUCUCACCAACGCGGUCGACGGGUGUCGCAGGAGGAGCAUAUGGCGCCAUCACCCUCACCGCCGGGGAGUUACCAUAGCGACGAGGAUGGCAGUAGAUCAUUUAGUCCAGAUCGAUCCAUGGGUUCCAGUCAUGCUGUCAGCACGCCUGUACAGUUUAAUAUUGCCGCAGCCAUUGACCCGACCUACAAGAGACGACAACAAGACAUCCACGUGGCCGACCAGACCGAAGUCAAAACACAGAUACCGCUUUCCAGAUCACUGCCUUUGACCGAUGAUGUGGACCUAGAGUGGGAUCCUGGGCUCCGUGGGAGUCUCCGUCGGCCCAAGGGACACUGGAACCCAGUGAUGGGACACUAUCAAGAGUCCACAGGCACAGUUAGCACCUUGAGUCGGAUGGAUGAGGAACCAGGUCCUGAGGGACCCGUCAUAAAUCCAUGGCAACCGGUUCAAGGUCAGAAGAGGUCAACGCUGGACAAGUCUCGGAAGUCCAAGCGGCAGAGUCAAGAGGCUCGGCCGACCAAGAAGGAAUCGAAGGGAAGCUGUAAGCAGCAGUAACAUGUGGUACAUCACACCAGCUGGAGACUUGAUGUGUGCAUUUAAGAGUUGAGAUUAAAACUGGCUUAAGAGGACCAAUGGAGUUUAGAAGGAGAAGAAGACUCGUUUGAAUCUUUAACCACUAGCCUGAACAUGCUGAAAACAGUUAAUUUUCAAUUGAUGUGCACUGUCAACCAUUAGUUUGAAGACGUUAACUUUCAAUUGAUGUGCACUCUCUACAAUUAGUUUGAAGACGUUAACUUUCAAUCGAUGUGCACUCUCUACCAUGAGUUUGAAGACGUUAACUUUCAAUUGAUGUGCACUCUCUACCAUUAGCUUGAAGACGUUAACUUUCAAUUGAUGUGCAGAGUCAACCAUUAGCUUGAACACAUGUUAACUUUCAAUUGAUGUGCAGUCAACCAUUAGUUUGAAGACAUGAAAACUUUCAGUUGAUGUGCACCUUUAACCAUUAGCCUGAAGACAUGUUAACUUUCAAUUGAUGUGCACACUCAACCAUUAGCUUGAAGACAUGUUAACUUUCAAUUGAUGUGCACUCUCUACCAUUAGCUUGAAGACAUGUUUACUUUCAAAUGAUGUGCACAGCCAACCAUUAGCUUGAAGACAUGUUAACUUUCAAUUGAUGUGCACACUCAACCAUUAGCCUGAAGACAUGUUAACUUUCAGUUGAUGUGCACACUCAACCAUUAGCCUGAAGACAUGUUAACUUUCAAUUGAUGUGCACACUCAACCAUUAGCCUGAAGACAUGUUAACUUUCAAUUGAUGUGCACACUCAACCAUUAGCUUGAAGACAUGUUAACUUUCAAUUGAUGUGCACACUCAACCAUUAGCCUGAAGACACGUUGACUUUCAGUUGAUGUGCACAGUCAACCAUUAGCCUGAAGACACGUUGACUUUCAGUUGAUGUGCACAGACAACCAUUAACCUGAAGACACGUUGACUUUCAGUUGCUGUGCACCUUUAACCAUUAGCCUGAAGACCGGCUGACUGUCAAUCAGUCAGCCUGGCAGUUUAGCAUCUAAUGUGAAGCAAGUGUCCAGUAAGAUAUCUUAUGAUCCAGUAAGAGCAGCUUGUACUAGUCCAUAUACUAAGAAACUAAUUACUAGUGGUGGGAGGAUACACCAAAGCAUCUUCUACUUCUCGAUGGGGGCACGGGUGGCCCAGUCGUCUAAGGCGCCGCGAUUCGCUGUGCAGAGUUGCGUCCCUUGGCACGCCAGAAACCUAUGAUUGUGGGUUCGAAUCCCUGUUCGCCCCGAUUAUGUUUCUAG